GACAUUAUUUCGACAGGAGCUAUGAUCCAGUGGUGAUCAGAUUCUUCAGCAAUGCUAAAGCACUCGACUUUGCAUAUGAAGACUACACCGAUGAGAUACCACAGUGGACCACUUUGAGCAAGGAAGAGUUUAUUUCGUAGAUACAGAAUUCUGCACAGUCGAGCAAGAAAAGGAAGUUCGAGGUACAUACAGCUCUAAAAGCUGUAUACGAUAGGAAGGUGAAGAAGUGGAGGAUUACUGAUUGUGUGGUAAACGAAGCAAUGCCACACUAUAUUGGUGAAGAGGAUAUAGUGAACGCUGUGCAAUGGACGAGUUGAAUUUGGACACACUAGCUCCCAUUUUCCUGGACCAGCUUUUCGAUGGCUUACAGGAAAUGGUGCUUGCAAGAGCCCGAGCCAAGCCAAUAAGGAAGAAAGAGUUCCACCAAAAAAAUUAAAAUAGAGGGCAUUCUCUGUGUGAAUGAAGCGAUCUUUCAUCCGAGCUAUGCAUUUCUCGGCAUCAUCCUCGAACCAUGUUUUUGAUCUGGAGAGAGCAGUGGAGCGAAUCUCGAGCCAAGAGAGCUGCCCAAUUGUGUCCGACUACGCCCCUCUCCUCCGCCAGUGCUCCAAGCAAAGAUCCCUCCACUCGGGAAGGCGGCUCCACGCGCAAAUCCUCCGCCACCGCCUCGAUCGCCACACUCUCCUCUGCAAUCUUCUCGUCCAGAUGUAUGGCAGAUGCGGCUGUCUCGACGAGGCCAGAUCCAUCUUCGACAAGACCCCGGAGAGGAACCUCUUCUCGUGGAGCAUCAUGAUCGCAGCAUAUGCCCAGAACGGGCAUCCCACUUUUGCGCUUGCGGUGUACCGGGAGAUGCUCCAGCGAUCCAUCCACGCAAUAGACAGCACUACGUACGUGAGCGCGCUCAGCGCUUGCUCGGCGCUGGGCGAUCUAGAAACGGGUAAAUCCAUCCACGAACGAAUCCUCUCCAGCAAACUCGAGAUUGACGCUUUUCUGGGCACAGCACUGAUCAGCAUGUACUCCAAGUGUGGAUGCCUGGAGGAAGCUCACGAGUGCUUUGAUUGCGUUCUUCGCAAGGAUAUCGUAGUGUGGAACGCAAUUAUUGCGGCAUUUGCCCAGAACGGGCAUCCGCAGCGCGCGCUAAACUUCUUCCAUGCGAUCCCGCGGGGUGAGCUCCAGCCCAACAAUCUCACGCUGGUAAGCGCACUGGAUGCGUGCUCGGAUCUGGCAGCGCUGGAGGAGGGCAGGAAGAUCCACGCGCUGAUCGAAUCGUCGCCAGAGCUGACGCUGGGUGGGAGCAUGGGGAAUGCGCUCGUCAAUCUCUACGGCAAAUGCGGGAGGGUGAUCGAUGCGAGGGCCGUGUUUGAUGCUCUCCGCCCGAGAACUGUGGUGUCGUGGACAUCCAUGAUCGCGGCCUACGCGCAAAAUGGGCACAGCGAUCAAGCGCUGGAGCUGUUUCAGCGGAUGGACAUGGCGCCCAAUGGCGUGACGCUCUUGAGCGUGCUCCAGGCCUGCGUGGGAAGGCUCGAUCGGCUGCGCGAGAUCCAUGCCACGGCGGAGUCGCGAGGAUUGGCCAGGGAUCUCUCGGUGGCAAACACGCUCAUUGAUGUCUACGGCAAGUGCGAGGACGUGGAUGGAGCGAGGGCGGUGUUUGAUUCCAUCCCGAUCAAGAACGUUGUCUCCUGGAACGCGAUGAUCGCAGCCUACGCGCACAAUUGGCGUACCAAUCCCGCAGUAGAGCUGUUCCAUCGCAUGGAUUUGGAAGGGGCAAUGCCCAACGCGAUCACCUUCGUCACUGUUCUAGGCGCAUGCCCUCCUUCUUCCAUAUGGAAUCAGAAUCAGAAUAUCCCAGAGAAUCAGAAUCUGGAUCUGAAUAUUCAAGGAAAUCAGAAUAUGCGGAAGAUUCGUGGGUUUUCCCUCGCGCUGGGCGCCCAGAUCCACGAGAGGAUCGUCGCGUCCGGGCUCCAAUCCGAUGUGAUCGUCGCGACCGCGGUGCUGACCAUGUAUGGGCGAUGCCAGCGGCUGGAUGUGGCGGAGCGCGUCUUCCUGGAGAUGGGCGGCGCCAAGAACGCCGUGUCGUGGAACGCGCUCAUCAACGCCUGCGUCGAGAAUGGCGAGUGCGAUGCGGCCUUGCGGCUGUUUUUCAGGAUGAUGAGCGAGCCCUCCGUCCAGCCCAAUGGCCUCACUUUCGUGGCGGCGCUCGAGGCGUCUUCGGCGCUGGGCGAUCUGGCCACCGGCAAAGCUAUCCACGAGAGAAUCGUCGAUCUGGCGAUGGACGCCGAGACCGUGGUGACCAACGCACUGAUAACGAUGUAUGGAAGAUGCGGCAGCCUGAGCGAUGCUAGAAAGGUUCUCGAGUCAAGCUCGUCGAGAGAUGUAGUGUCGUGGAAUGCGAUGAUCGCAGCAUAUGCCCGGAAUGGGCAUCACAAGGAGGUACUAGAUCUAUACUGGGCAAUGCUGCUCGAAGGAUACAGGCCCGUGGAGGCCACUUUUCUUCCACUCCUCGACGCCUGCUGCUGCCUCCGAGAUGUCGAGUCCGAGCACCGCAAAGGCUCUCACGCAGGGAAAACGAUCCACGCACACAUACGGCUCGCUGGCUUCGAUGGCUCCCCGCUGCUCGACUCGGCGCUCGUCAACAUGUAUGGCAAGGUCGGAAACCUCGACUCCGCCAUGGUGGUGUUUACGCAAAUGCGGGAGCGAGACGCCAUCACUUGGACUGCUAUGAUCUCAUCGUACGCCCAGCACGGGCAUAGCAGGCAAGCACUCUCACUUUUUAGUUCCAUGCUGCUCGACGGCAUUGCCACCGAUGCUGUGACGCUCGCCUGUGUAAGUUCGGCGUGCAGCCACUCGGGAGACGUGAAGCUCGGGUGGGACUACUUCGUGUCGAGUGUGCGCGACUUUGGCGAGCGGCCAACUUUCGAGCACUAUGUGGUGAUGUCGGAUAUGCUCAGCCGAGCUGGGAGGCUCCAGGAGGCCGAAGAUUUGCUGAGAAGUAUGCCGUUCCAGCCGGACUUGGUGUCGUGGAGGACGCUGCUCAGUGCGUGCUCGAAUCACAACAAUCCUCACGUUGGAAAACGAGCCGCCGAUCGUAUCCUAGAGCUGAGUCCCAGCGAUCCUGCAGCAUUGGUUUUGCUGUCCAACAUAUACUCGGCCGCAGGGAUGAGUGAUGAGGCCGAGAAGUUGAGGCGAGAACACAAGAUCGGGGUUUGGAAUUCGAUUUGUCAAUGUCAUUAAAAGCGCGUUUGCGGAGCAGGGAAUGAAGACUCCCCCGCGAUCGUAAGGAGUAAACACGAGCUUCGUGAUCUUGUCGCUUGGCUUCGAAAACAGAUCGAGAAUAAUGGUGAUGAGAUCUCGCGUCCCAGGAGAUCGAUCAUUAUCCAUACUGCUGGUUUGUGAGGACAAAUUCGAAAUCCAGAGUAGCCAGCGGUCUACACUUGAAGUGUUCAGCACAGAAACAAUUCGUCAGGAGGGAGUUGGAGCUUCUUGGAGCAAGCAUCGAAUGAACCGAUGCCCAUUUCGCUGUGUCAUCCUUAGACGUUUUCAUAUGCCCACACAUUGUGCCAACUGUGACUAUCCCGUUUGCAUGCAUACAGACUUUCAAAUGUGGCAUUGGUAAAUUAGCUCCAUUCAACCAACUUAAAGUAGGUGGUAGAUUCCAAUUGUAGAUUGUAUUCAUUCUAAUUACUAGACUUUAAAAAUUAGCUUAGCAAUUUAUGGAAAAAAAAUCUAUUUUGGAGUUA